AUGGAGUGCAAUAAAGAUGAUGCAGUCAGGGCUAAGGCACUUGCUGAGAGGAAGUUUAUAGAAAAAAAUUAUGCUAUUUCCAAGAAGUUUGCCUUGAAGGCUCAAAAUUUAUAUCCUGAGCUUGAGGGUCUCUCCCAAAUGUUGACAAUACUGGAUGUUUACGUCGCUGCAGAGAAUAAAAUUAAUGGGGAAGUGGAUUGGUAUGGAAUACUUAGUGUUACUCCUUUUGCGGAUCAUGAGAUGAUUAGGAAACAGUAUAGGAAAUUGGCUCUCAUGCUUCAUCCUGAUAAAAACAAGUCUCUUGGUGCAGAAGGCGCAUUUAAGUUGGUUUCAGAGGCGUGGAGUUUUUUAUCAGACGAGUCUAAGAGACUAGCAUAUAACCACAAGAGAGGUUUUCAACAUGAAGUUCUAUCCCGUACUAGGGGUCCUUCAGUGCAACCCAGUGCAAAUACCUGUCAAAAUGUUAUGAAUAGUGCCACCUCAAAUGCUAGGGCGCAGCGUGGUCCUACCCUGUCACCUUCAUAUGGAAACACCGCUACUUUUUGGACUUUUUGCAAUCGGUGCCAAACACAUUAUCAGUAUCUCAGGAUUUAUCUAAAUCACAUUCUAGUCUGCCCUAAUUGUCAGAAGACUUUCAUGGCUAUAGAACAAGCUCCACCUCCGAGUGUUUUUAAGUCAUCCAGUACCUCUUCUUCCCAGCAGCAUCAGAAUUCAAGACACCAUGCAGCUGGUGGUAACUCAUUUAGUUCUGGAAGAAACUGCACUGUACCUCAAAAUUUGGGAGCGGGGGAAUCUUUAGGUCCUAAUUCGUUAAAUAAGACAAACUUCAAACAGGGCUUUUUCUCCAAAAUGAAUGGUGUUGGUAGCCCGGUUGCAUCAGGUCAAGCUGCUGCUCCAGCUGUGAGUGCGGCCCAACAGGCUAGUGAGAAAAUGAAGAGAGACCGAGAGCGGAGACAAUCAAUCGCUGAAUGGGAGAGGAGUAAAAAUUUGAUGGGAAAUCCUUCUUUGAAAAAGAAAAGAACGGAUGAUAAACAUUUGAAUGGAUAUCAAGGAGGCAUGGCUAAUCAAAUGUCCAAGGGAAGUGAUGGUGCUGACUUGGGAGGUGUAUCUGAAUUAAGUACAGGUAAUGUUGGAACAAAAAGAAUUUAUGGUUUAUCUAGUACAUACGAUAGGCCUAAUGUCGCAAGAGAGUUGCCAUAUCCUGAAAUGAAAAAAAUUCUGAUUUGGAAGGCACGAACUGAAAUUUGCAAGAUGCUCAACAGGCAGAGCUCAGCAACUAAAGCAGAGAAGGUGAAAGUAAAUAAGAAACAGAAGACUGUGGUAAAUGUUGACACAGCAAACAAGAGUGGUACUGGUGAAGAGGCCACGCCACCAGUUUCAAUCAAUGUGCCAGAUCCUGAUUUUCAUAAUUUUGACUUGGAUCGAACUGAAAGGUCCUUUGGAGAUGACCAAGUCUGGGCUGCUUAUGAUGAUGAUGGGAUGCCUCGUUAUUAUGCUCGAAUUCACAAGGUGAUUUCCUUGAAGCCAUUUAAGAUGCGGAUUAGUUGGCUUAACUCAAGAAGCAACAGUGAAUUGGGUCCGAUGGACUGGGUGGGUUCUGGUUUUACUAAAACCUGCGGGGAUUUCAGGGCUGGCAGACAUGAAAUUUAUGACACUUUAAAUUCUUUCUCAAACAAGGUUAGUUGGACAAAAAGCACACGAGGAGUGAUUCGCAUAUUUCCUACGAGGAGUGAAGUUUGGGCACUAUAUACAAAUUGGUCGCCAGAUUGGAAUCAGCACACCCCUGAUGCAGUGAUACACAAAUAUGACAUGGUGGAAGUACUGGAUGAUUUUGCUGAGGAACGCGGUGUGUGUGUUGUUCCUCUAUGUAAGGUUGCUGGUUUUAAAACAGUUUUCCGUAAGCACAUGGACCCCAAGGAAGUGAGGUGGAUUCCUAAAGAAGAGAUGUUCCGUUUCUCUCAUCAGGUCCCUAGUCAUUUGCUUACAGGUGAAGAAGCACCCAAUGCUCCAAAGGGUUGUUGGGAAUUGGAUCCAGCAGCUACCCCGUCUGAACUCCUUCAGGUGAUAACAGAAGCUGAUGAGGCACCAAUGGCAGAGAAUGGUGGGAAAACAAAGGGAGGGAUAUUUCAAAGUGCCUCAGCAAGAGAAGUAGAUGGAGGGAUGGAGAAAGAAAUGUUUCAGGAAGUGGUGCAUACCAAGUUAGCCAAGGAAACUAAUGCUAUAACCCACCAGUAA